AUGUUAAUGGUGGGUGAGGCGGAUGCUGAGCAUUCUCAUCGAUCUGAGCUGGCGGGCAACAUCCUCAAGGAGGCCAAGGAAGACCUGAUCAAUUACCUCGAAAUCCCCGAGACUUAUGACACUGUGGAGACGGAGCUCAAGGUCGACUACUUGGUGACCGGCAGCUGGUCCAAGAAUGCAUAUGAGGAGGCUGUGCGGUUGCUUGGUCCCGAUUAUGCGAACGUUGUCGCUGAUUCCCGCAAGGUCAACGACGGCAAGUUUGGCAAGCUUAUUGAAGAGAGCACCUGGAACCUUUCCAUGGAUCACGCCAUGGGUUAUCUCUGCGACAGCGAGACUGUUGACGGUGUCGAGUUCCCAGGCUUCCCCAAGUCCCUGCUUCCCGGGUCUGAUGGCAAUGGCGCCAUUGUCGUUGCUGACAUGUCUUCCAACAUUCUGUCGAGGAAGAUCCCUGUCAAGAACUUUUCCGUCAUCUUCUUCGGAGCCCAGAAGAACUUUGGCAUUACCGGAAUCACCGGUGUCAUGAUAAAGAAGAGCCUCCUGGCUCCCAUCACCCCCCAGCCGGAUGUUGCCCUUCUCCGCAAACUGUCUCUGCCUAUACCUUCCACCAUUCUCCAAUAUGACAAGAACAACUCUCUCUCCAAUACCCCCAGCAUCUUUGACGUCUACAUUUCCGGCCAAGUACUGAAGAAGCUUUUGCGAAACUGCUCUGACAAGGCCCACCCUGACAUCUACCGCACUGUCCCCGACAAAUCAGCCCGAUCCAGGAUGAACAUCUGCUUCCGCGUUGCCAGGGGUGGAGACGUGGACGCUGCUGAGAAGGCGUUCCCGAAGGAGUCUACAGCACUGGGCCUCACUGGCCUCAAGGGUCGCCGCAGUGUUGGUGGUAUUCGAGCCAGCAACUAUAACUCUAUCCCGCUUGAGGGUGCCGAGAAGCUGGCCAAGUUCAUCCAGACAUUUGCCUCGUCUCAGAUUGGUAACAUUCAUUAAUUUGAAGAAAUAAGUGUAAAUGGGAUGGCGCAUUAGAUGUUGAUAAACAGGUGCGUGUCAAGAAAGAUGACGCGCUAGGAGGAGGAUCAACACAAGAACUAGAGGUUGAAUUCAAUAUUGCCAAUAUAACGCUUUGGGAAGGAAAAAUAAAAUAAAUAAAAUACCCAG